AUGCAAUGCCCAUGCUUGAUAGUGCGCGUCGGACCGCCAGCUUCCAACCAGUACGUCCGGGCGUGCCUUGAUGUUUUGCAGAAUGUGUUGGAUUAUCGUGUCACAGAAGCGGCAUGUCGCCUUGAAGAGGUAGGAGUGGCCAAGCAUAGUAGCUGGCGUUUUGUCGCUUUGCAUGGUUCCUUAGGCAACUUGUCCAUCCCUCCAAUGCCUUCCAGCGGAAAGCUGUUCGUACGAGACGUCCAGCCGGUUGAAAAAAAUAUGCCCCUUGCAUUCGUGGUGGGUUGGCGUCGCAUUGCUGAGUUGGAGGACUUCUGGCAAAAGCUGCGCCACAGCAAGUGUAGUUUUACUGGCAAGGCUCGGGCAGUGCGAACAGUUGCAUGGCCAAGAAGCCUCCAUGCAAUUUCCAAUGCUCCUGUUGGUGACAGUGUUUGGACUGAGUUGCGGCGAAGGACAAAAUGGGCGUUGUCUUUGGACAAAGCAGGUGUCAACUCCCACUUGCUUGGCCUCCUAGAAUUUGGCCUUGAUCCGCAAUAUGCUGGUCUCUUGCAGACCAUCAAGGAUGCUCGGACUUUCCAGCCUUUGGACUUUUGUGCUUCUUUGGUCUUUCCGUGUGCGGUUGGUGCCUUGGACUUGCCACCGAACUCUGCUGCGCAGAUUGCCUUGACUCGUGUUCAGUUGUACCUGGUCGGUGGAUCUGUGACGGAGGAUAUGAAAUCCAAGUGGAGUGGCCGCUCCAAUGUCUGUGUUUGGUGCGGUCAGGAAGACUCUUUGCGCCACAGGUUUUGGAUUUGUCCCAAGUAUGCCACUCAGCGGCUUGAGCUUGCACCGGAUGCGUUGCGUUUGCUGCCAGACAUCCCGGGCCCCCUCGCUCUUCGGGGAUGGGCGCUCUAG